AUGGUCCCUCAAAUAUGGCUGCCAUCAGAACGCUCCAAAGGAGCCGAACAGAGGGCCCUCAUUUACUAUAUCUGUGGAAAUCCAGGGCUUAUCGAGUACUAUACCGACUUCCUUAGCAACCUACGAGGUCUGCUGGAUAAGAUGGAGAAAAACACUGCGUACGACAUAUACGGUACCAAUUUACUCGGAUUCAGUGACGACGAUCAUGAGCCAUUCAAUUCAAAUAACAAACCUUGGGGUCUUGAUGGACAGGUCGAAGGCAUGUACGGCAAAAUCGCGGCAAGGGGAGAGGGUUACAACUUUGUGAUACUCAUGGGCCAUUCUGUUGGGUCAUAUAUCGCGGUUGAGAUAUUCCAUCGACACAUGAAUAACCCAGAAAGAGCGCCGCAUCUCAAGCUACGACAUGGAUUCCUCCUGUUCCCUACGCUGACGCACCUCGCUCGUUCGUCCAACGGCGUGCAGUUUGUAUUGCUGCAUCGCAUUAUUCCCUUUCUCGACACCGUCGCAUCGCUACUCGCGCGGCUACUCCUCGGUUUAAUGAGCGUAGCCAGAGUGACGUGGAUCGUGCAACGUCUUUUGGGCUUCACUCAUGCAAGCGCAGACGUCACAGCGCGAUGGCUUAAGAGCAGAGAUGGUGUGUUGCAGGCAGUUCAUCUGGGGCUGACAGAGCUGGAGAUGAUCUGCGAGGAGAAAUGGAGUGAUGAGCUUUGGGCUACAGCUGGAGAGGAGAAUGGAGUGCCGAGGUUCUUUUUGUUUUAUGCAAAGAAGGAUCAUUGGGUUCAUGAUGCGGAGAGAAAUGGCAUUAUGGAGAAGAGAGGGCAUAUGUCAAGGAUCACGGUUGAUGAAGGGGAUAUUCCACAUGCGUUCUGCACGAGACAAGAUGCGAGUCUGGAGGUUGCAAGGAGAGAUUCUCUUGCUCAAGGCGUAUCUUUCAAGCCUCGCCACAACGUUUCAGAGCAGAGAGAAUGA